GAGACGAUUCCCUCCACCCUCUCAUUUGCUUUAAGCGACUCUUUUUCUCGUGCGGCGCGCUUCUUCUUCCCUAUCAACAACUCUACCGCUCCCCGCCUAUAUAUAUAUUGUUCUCCGCUAAGCCUUCUGCUCGGCCGUCUCUCUUACUUGUCUUCUGAAUCUGUGUUCCUCUUAGAGAUAAGAGAUUGGAGCUCGAAGGGAUGGCGUGUGGCGAGGAUAAGGAGCAGGACCCUCGCAUCCAAGGAAUAGCCGCUUCCAUCCGCGUCGUCCCCGAUUUCCCCAAGAAAGGAAUUAUGUUUCAAGACAUCACGACGCUGCUGCUCGAUCCAAAAGCGUUCAAGAACACGGUGGACUUGUUCGUGGAGCGGUACUCGGGGAAGAAUAUCUCCGUUGUGGCUGGAAUUGAAGCCAGAGGCUUUAUUUUUGGUCCACCAAUUGCUUUAGCGAUUGGAGCAAAAUUUGUUCCUUUGAGAAAGCCAAGAAAAUUACCAGGUGAAGUCAUUUCGGAAAAGUAUGUUCUGGAAUAUGGAACUGACUGCCUUGAAAUGCAUGUCGGGGCAAUCCAACCUUGUGAUCGUGCUUUGGUUGUUGAUGAUUUGGUAGCAACUGGAGGAACCCUUCGUGCUGCUAUGAAUUUACUUGAGCGGGCUGGGGCUGAGGUGGUCGAAUGUGCAUGCGUUAUUGAACUGCCAGAAUUGAAGGGCCGGGAAAGGUUGAAUGGCAAACCCCUCUACGUACUGAUGGAGUCCAGAUGAUGGUGAUCUUCUUGGUUGAUGCCUCCGGUGCUGCUUCUCUGUUCUUCCCAAUAUGUAGUCAUGAGAGAACCAUUUGUUGUUCCACAAAUGUUAUCUCUUUCUUCUGUGCUGCAUUGCCAUCAAUGGGAACUACAAAAUGGCAACUACAUCAAGCUUUUCUGUUUCCUAUUCUUACAUAUGCUAUUGACCAGAAAACACAGCAGUCUGUAAUUAGCAGCUUGAAUUCUCAGUUUUUGAUUGAUACUUCA